CAUAGGGCAUAGACUACGGACUUGAACUAAGAUAUAUCUUAGUUCAUGAUUGCAACACAAUAAUUUAUAAACUAUUUAAGAUAAUUUAAUACUAUGCAACUCGACAGUCAUAUACAUGAACUAAGAUAUCUUAGUUCAUGGUCAUAUAUUAACGAAAACAGUGAUUGGAUGAUUAACUCUUGAUAUUAAUGUUUGUAUUGAUAAAUUUUUAUUUUUUUUGGUUACAAAUAGAGUAUAUAAAGCUUAAAACUAUCGUAUGCGGUUCAUUCAAUGUUAAACUUGCAUAGUUCUCUGGUGUUUUGUAUAGUGUCUUAUAAAAUUUUUCUAAAAAGUUAAUUAUGUUAAUUUUUACUUUUUUAAUUUUGUGUUUUGUACAAAAUAUAUACUGUGUGUUAGUAGUGCCAAUCACAUUCUACGAUGAUUAUAAUUAUCAUGGUAACUCGUAUACUGUGCUCGUUAAAUCUUUAAAUUCAUUUGAAGAUCUUCAUUGCGAUUUAUGUUACAAUCCUGGUGAAGUUAAUAAUUUACAACAAUUAGGAAUAAAAAAUCCUAAAUCCAUACAACUACCUGAGAAUCAUUAUAUUCGUCUAUAUGAAAACUAUGAUUGUACUGGAGAUUUUUUAUCAUUUUGUGGUUCAGACUGUACUUGCCAAUCAUCUCACAUAGAUUUAAAAGGUAGUAAUGCCGUUUGUUAUAUUGAAAAUUCUUUAAUAAAUUACUGUCCCGGAAAUAGUGAUUGCAAUGGGCUUUUGAACUGUCUUACUCAAAGAAACUGUUAUGCAUCUGGAUUUAUUAGAUCAUUUUCAGUUCAUGAAAUACCAAUUUUUGCUGCUAAACCGCUUUCAAAUACAUAUCCCUGUUGGGAUUUUUGGAGUUUUUAUAGAUCUAAGUAUAUGCUUACCGUGGAAUUUUGGAAAAGUUCAAUCUAUUAAGAAAGAAACCUACAAUCAAAACCAAAAACAAUGUUCAAUUAAUAUAAAUGAUGAUAUUUGUAGUUUAAGUUAUAGUAAUAAUAAUGUUCGGCAUAAACGUGGACCAGGAAACAGAAACGAACAUCAAUUAAACGAAGCUCAAGUUUUUAUAUUGUUUAUGGGAUUUGUAAUAGAACAUGUUGUAAGACGAUUUUUAAGCCCAGCAUAUCAAGAUUAUACUAUUACAAUAUUAAAUCAAGAAAAAACAUUGCAAGAUGUUUUACAAGUAAGUAAUGGAGUUUGUGAACAUCCGCAUAAACAGUCAAGUAGAGUAAUAGACUUUAGUUUUAUGUAUGAUUCCAAUACAGGAAGAGUUUUAGAUCAACCUAUGGCAAAUUUUCUAAAUCUUACCCCAACAGAACAAUAUAUUUCACUUCUUCAGCAUAUGAUAAAUGUUUUUCAAAAAAAUCCACCGACAACUGAUUUAAACAAUAUCCGAGAAUUUCAAAGAAAAGUAAAAGCAGUAGUAACCAACAGGCAAAGUGAUCUUUUUCAUUAUAAAGGUAAAUUAGAUGUUGUAAUCCAGGAACAAUCAUCGAUAUGUAUUGAAUUAAUAAACAAUAUGAUUCAAAGUCAAAUUAAUCAUGAUCGAAUACUCAGAUUAUGGAUGGAGUUAAAUCGACUUCUAGAGAAUUAUAUAGCAGUACACACUGAUUGGAGUCAUGAUGAAUUAAAAAAAUAAAGUUUAAUAUGUGGGAUUAAAUAAAACUUAUAAAUUAGUAGUAUUAUACUAGAUGGUUACUUGGGUGUAGUUGUAGUAUAGAAUAUAGAUAAUGUUAUAGCAUGUUAUUAUUUUUUUUUUAUAAAAUCUUAAAUAACAACAAGUUAUCAAUCACGUAUUUUUUUAUUUCUAGUAUAGUUGUUAUUUACUUAGUAUGUAUUUUAAAAUAAAAUAAUGAUACCUUAUGUUGUUUUUUUACGUUUCGUACAUAGUUUUAUUCCACAUUGACUUGCCCAUUAUUGAAAAUAAUAAAACAAUUAAAACAAAACCAAGAAGAUUUAUUUAAUAUUAUUGAAAAAAAGGACUUGGAAAUAUCUGAAUAUAAAUUAAUAGGAAGCAAUAUUACACAUGAAAAUAUUAAGACAGAUAUUUUUGAGAAAGAUGAUUUCUUUAUGAAUACACUACUAAAUCAUAAAGAUUUAUGUAAUGAAAGCCAACAUCUAUAUGAAAUAUAUUCAUCGCCUCUAAUUGAACAGCAUAAUACCAGAUAUUCUGAUGAACCCAAAGAAUCAAAGAACAUAUGCAUUAAGGAGGAAAAUCAAGACAUUCAAACAAUUAAUUCAAAUAAUAGUAUUGACCAUAAAGCCUUAAAAAGUUCAACUACAGUAGAAAUUACACAAAAAUCAAUUAAUGUUAAAAAGCGGAAAAAACCCUCUUUCUUAAAAAAUCUUUGAAAUUAUUAUUUAAUAUGUAAAAAUGAUGUACAAAAUACUAUAAUAUUUUUUAAUCAAAUCGUUUAUUUGCAACAAAAUAGAAUAUUUAAUAAUUGGUUAGUCCAACCAAUUAUUAUUACACAUUUUAUAAAUUUGACAUGUACGAAAUGCAUAUUAUCUUCAACUAGAAAAUAUAUUUUUUUAAGAACCAGU